CCGAUUUGUCGGGCUGGGAGAAAUCGCGGAGUGAAGGAGCGAGCGACCAAGAGCCAGCUAGCCAUGCUCUUCUGCUGGGGGAACGGCUCCUACGGGCAGCUGGGCUUGGGCGAGGAAGGGGCCUCCCAGCCGGUCCCUCUCCGUCGCGUUCCGCCAGCGGGUGGGAGGCAAGAGGUGGCCCUGGCGGCUUGCGGGGAGCGGCGCACGCUCCUGCUCCUCGCCGACGGGAGCCUGGCUUCUUGCGGGGACAAUGGCCAGGGGCAGCUGGGAAGGAGGCUCCCCCCGGGACAGCGGAGAGGCUACGUGCCAGAUAGGAUCCAAGCCCUGGAAGCCCAGACUAUCGUCUACAUAAGCUGUGGAAAGGAGCAUUCAUUGGCCAUCUGCAACCAAGGGAGGGUAUUUUCAUGGGGAGCUGGUGGUUUUGGACAGCUUGGCACUGGAAAACUAGAAGACUCUUUGAUUCCAAAGAAAAUAAAUUCUUUAUCUAGGUACAACGUUAUACAAAUUGCUUGUGGACACUAUCACUCCAUAGCAUUAACCAAAGAUGGUCAAGUCUUUUCAUGGGGACAGAACAUCCAUGGUCAGCUGGGUCUUGGUAAAGGACUUUCAUCCCAAACUAAUCCGUGUAACGUUUCCUCUCUCGCUGGCAUCCCCUUGGCUCAGGUGGCUGCUGGUGGGGCACACAGCUUUGUCUUGUCCCAUUCUGGCAUAGCCUAUGGUUGGGGAAGGAACAGUGCCCAUCAGCUGGGCUUGAGUCAGAGGACUUCAAAAGAACAGAUCUUCAAACCCUAUUCAAUAGGUGCCUUGAGGAACCUUGAAGUGACUUAUAUUAGCUGUGGAGAUGAACAUACCGCUGUUCUCGCCAAGAGUGGCAGCGUUUUCACAUUUGGAGAUGACAGUGCUGGACAGCUAGGACACAACGCUUCAACACCAAAGACUGGUCCUCAGAAAAUUGAUGAGAUAGAUGGUCCAGUUUCCCAUGUGUCAUGCGGAAGCUAUCACACGCUUUGUGUCUCUGCUUCUGGGCAACUGUGGUCUUUUGGACAUGGACUUCUGCAGCCCAGGGAAAGUCCAGCAUCAGACAGCAGACAGGAGGAGAGAAAGUGUAUUGACAUCAGUGCUCUUCUGGAACCUACUGAAGUGUUGGGAGUCCAAGUUUUUGCUGGAACAUAUGUCAACUUUGUCAAUAUAUUUCAGGCUUCUGCAUGUACAAAUGCAGCCACCUCUUUGGAAGUCUUGCCUAGGAUCAGCCAGCUGGACAAAGGACUGAUUGAGAAAUGGAAGUCAGCAGAAGAAGGAAGUGAAAUACAGCAGAAUGCUAAAAGGGAAAUAGAAGUAAUCUUUUCCUCACCUCCUUGUUUAACAGCGAGCUUUUUAAAACCAAGAUCUGCUGUGUUGACAGACUAUUAUAUCCCAGUGGAUCUGCAAGAAGCAAGAGAAGUUUUGAAGGAACUUAGUGUGAGAGAUUGGAUUACUAAUCAGAUCUCUUCUUCUCUGAUAAACCACCUACUUCCUGCUCUUCCACUGAAUUCUCCUCACCAAGAAGCUCUUGCUAUUUUUCUUCUGGUGCCUGAGUGCUCUGCUGCUACUGAAGCCCAGAAGAUUCUGUUGUUAACUAGUUAUUUUGCAGAAGCUAUCACAGGUCUGAGCAAGCAGUCUUCCAACAUUCUAGAAAAGUAUUGGUCAUUGUUGCCAGGUCCAUUUUUAGAGCAAAUAGUUCAAAUGUUGAAGAAGGGUGUAUCUUGUCUGUUGCCUGCUUACAAUGUUCCUCCCAGGGGCGUGGUAUGGAUUCAUCUCCUCAAAGUGCUUAAAAAGCUGUAUAAGGUCAACAUGAAGGCUAAAUGCAAACUGCAAAUAAGUACCUUCUGCAUAGAUCAAAUUCCUGAAAAAAUCGACAUGGUGCAAGAUUUUUGGAGAUGGAAGGAGUGGGUUGAAAACAGUAGUGUCGAAGAAGAAAAAAGCCUCAUCUCUUUCUGCUGCUUUCCUUUCGUCUACAAUGUAUCAAGCAAAAGGGAAAUACUUUAUUAUGGGUCCUAUGUGGUACAAGAGCACUUAAAAAUACAAGCUACUCUGGAUUUGCUCUACAAGCAAACCACUGAACGUCCAGACCUACCUACCUUUCUUCUGAAAGUGCGACGCCACCAUCUCAUUGAAGACACGUGGCACAAACUGGAUAAAGCAGAAGACAUUUUCCUGAAAAAGCAACUGCUGAUUCAGUUUGAAGGUGAAAUGGAUGGUUAUGAAGAUAAGGGUAUCCUGUUGGAAUUCUUUUCACAAGUGUUUAAGGAGGUGGUGCGGCCAGACUAUGGGAUGUUUAUGUAUUGUGAAGACAAUUCCCCAGCAUGGUUCCCUCCCAAGCCUUCUGUGGAGAAGAAUAAAUAUUUCCUUUUGGGUAUUCUCUGUGGACUCUCCAUAGCCAACAGAGUCACAGCCUACAUACCUUUCCCACUUGCUGUCUUUAAAAAGCUGCUUAGCAAGAGACCAACUCUCAGUGAUGUGAAAGAACUAAGCCCUGUCCUAGGAAAAAGUUUGCAGGCAGUUCUUGAUUAUGAACAUGAUGAUCUUGAAGACAUUUUUCAGCUGUGUUAUUCUAUUCCCUGGGACAACAUGGAUGUAGACUUAAUUACAAAUGGCAUUUUGACAGCUGUAAACAAUUCCAAUAAGAAAGACUUCGUUGACAAAUACAUGGAUUACAUAUUCAACAGAUCGGUGGAUGACAUUUUCAGAGAGUUCAAGAGAGGAUUUUACAAAGUCCUUGAUGAACAGCUAGUUGGCAUCUUUGAGCCUGAACAACUGAUGGAAGUGGCAAUUGGAAAUGCCAAUUAUGACUGGGAUUUGUAUGAAGAGAAUGCUGCGUACUCUGGCACAUACAGCGCAACGCACCCAACCAUAAAGAUGUUCUGGGAGGUUUUUCAUGAGCUGACUUUGGAGGAUAAAAAGGGUUUUCUUUUAUUUGUUGUAGGAAGUGACCGGAUCCCCGUGACAGGAAUGAAAUCCUGGAAGAUAAUUCACCCACAUGACUCGCCCUCAGAGGAUCUUAUCCCCGAGGCCCAGAUCUGUUUUCAUAUCUUAUUGCUGCCAACUUAUUCAACAAAACAAAAACUGAAGGAGAAGCUUCUAUGUGCUAUCCACAACAACCAGGGCUUUGGCAGAGGGAGGAGACUACACUGAAACAGGAACUUAGAGAUGCCACCUUUGGAGCUGUAUCCUUCUCUUGACCUCAGAUGUGAGGACAGAUUGUCCCAAGGGAUUUUGGUCAGAUGACUGUUCAGUGAUUUUCUGCAUUAAAGAUGUAAUAUUUAGAAAUAAAGUAGUUAUAGACAAUAUAAAAUCAAA